AUACAGAAUAGAGAAAGUGAACUACAGGAUCCAUGGUGAUGUAGAGAGGGAGGUGAGGUAGAAGAUGAGGUUGGGUUUUUGGUGAGGGAGGUACUACAUACUGUGAGUUUCGGACAGUCUGUUGGUGUACGCAGUAAUAAUGGGUCCUCAACUACAUUUUAGCAGCACCUACUCAGAAGAGUUCAAUUACCCAGCUCAGGUCAAACCCACCUGGCCCAGACCGUCUUCUGCGUAUCGCAGGAACAACCCUCACCCACGCCCGGACUUCCUGAUGCCAAGGCUGCUGCAGACGGGAUACGGAUCACGAAAGCACUUUCAGACCACAUCUCCUUCUACCUCCUUUUUACCUCCAGUCAGACACAUAUCGGUCCAGUUUCCAGAUGCUGGAGAGUUUAUGCAGGGCCCCCAGAGAGACUCAAAGGCACGUGUUUCCUCUGCAGUGUGUACACUGCCACCUGCCGGCUGGCUUCUGAAACCACGAACCCACAUAAACACCCGAGGAGUAGGACACAGCUGCUUCCAUGUGGUGAAUCCCUAUAAAGUUGGACACUAUAUAAUCCACCCAGAGUUCCUGUCAGAAGCAAUGAAGUACUAAAAUCACCAUGUGUUUUUUUUACUUAAUUUAUCUUUAACGGAUUUCAAAUUUAUUAAUAAUAAGUUAUGAGAUCAUUUCAUUGUGUUCUGGCUUAUUUAAGUGACUAUAGAAUUUGUAAUUGCAAAUGACCAAAAUAUGGAUGUUUUAAAUAAAAAUGUAUUCGA